AAUAAGUCAGCAUGGAAAUCGCAGAAAAUUUAAAUAAUUUAUUAUAUAAUGUUUGUGAUAUUGUUCACAAUAUAAACGCGACAGUUGGUGCAUAUACAAAAACAAAUGCAAUGAUUUAUAAACAAAUUCAAAAUAUUCAAAAUCAACAAAUAAGAAUGCUUUCUUCAAUGAUUGCUAGAAAGCAAAGGAAGUGCUGGACUUUGAAAAGAGCGAAGAAGUUUUGGGAAGAAGAUUGCCAAAAAAAUGGCCCUGAGUUCUUUAAAGAAAAUUUUCGCAUGAGCAUUGAAUCUUUCAAUGAGCUAUGCCAUCUUUUGAAAAAUCUGCAAAAGCAAGACACCAGCUUUAGGUAUGCAAUUUGUUUGAGAAAACGAAUUGCAAUUGCACUUUACUGUCUUGGCUCAUCAGCUGAAUUCAGAAGCAUUGCAAAUAUGUUUGACGUUGGAAAGGCCACAGUUUGUAAGUGUUUGAAAGAAUUUUGUGCAGAAGUGUGGAAAACUCUUUUGCCUUUAUAUAUGAAUGCUUUGCCAUUAAACAGCGAAAAGGUUAAAGAGUGUAUUAACGGAUUCGAAGUCUUGGGUUUUCCACAAUGCUUGGGUGCAAUGGAUGGGUGUCACAUUGAAGUAAAACCACAGUCAAAAAAUGCUAUUGACUACUACAACUACAAAGGGUGGUAUUCAACCGUUCUGUUUGCUCUGGUCGAUUUUAGAUACCGUUUCCUUUACGUCAGUUGCGGUUAUCCUGGACGAAUGAAUGACUCCUAUAUUUAUGAAAACUCUUCACUGAAGCGUCAGUUGGAUAAUUGUAGUGCGCUAGAAGAGAACAGUAAGGUGAUCAAUGGUGUGAAAGUACCAGUUCUAAUCCUUGGAGAUUCGGCGUUUAGGUUUUCUACAAAAGUAAUGAAACCAUACCCUUACAAUGAAAAUGCUAACAUUGCUGAAAAAAGUUUCAACUACCAAUUAGCUAAAUGUCGAAGGGUAGUUGAAAAUGCUUUUGGGCACCUUAAAGCAAGGUUUCGCAGAGUAGGUAAGGGUAUAGAUAACAAGAUAGAAAAUGCAACCAGCAUUAUACGAACGUGUUGUGUUCUGCAUAACUUUCUAAAUGAAAAAAAUGAUGCAUUCAACAAAGACUGGAUGCACGCUCUAACAAGACAACAGCAGAUUUCUGAACGACAACAACCAGAAGAAGUCUCAACACUAAAUGACCACGACCCAAAUGGCGAAGAAAUAAGACGAUGCUUGGCUCAUAUUUUUAGCGUUUCCUCCGUAUUGCCUACAGAGAUGUCAGAAGGGGAGAUGGUUGAUGAUGACGAUACUGCCAAUAACGGCGACGGUACACACGUUGAAGUGGAUGGUCCUGGUUCGUGAUCUAAUUUAAAAGAAGUUACUUCAUUCAAUGAAUUAAAAAAAAAUAUAUACAAACAUACCUGCAAAACUAUUUGAAACAAGCUCAGUUAUAUUAUGAAGUGGCAAGUUUCCCAAAAUUCUAUUUAUUUUCAUAAAAAAUUUCCAAUUUGAUGGGGACCCUCCGGACACGCCAACACAGUGCUGUUCCUUUCUGUUUUAACAGAAAAGAUGUAACUAAUUAGCUUUAUAUUUAAUGACAUAUAUUAUACAUUAUUAAAAAUAUAUUUGACGAAAUCAACUAUUCAAUAAAG